CUACAAGUCAAAAGGUAAAAACUACAAGUCCCAGCAUCCUCUGUGCUUAGGGCGGAGCAGUGAAAGUGAAAGUGUUGAUCCUCCGUUCAGAGCAGCAGGAGGCGAGUGAGAGCUGUGCUGAGGCAGACUAACUCCACCCUGACAUCAAGAAGAUGGAGGAAGAGGACGGAGCAGCAUCUGCAGCAUCCAGCUGUGUGUCUGUGAGGAGUGACUGGUCCAAAGGCUUACCUCCAGAAUUCAGUAAUGAACCUGCACCAACAAUAGGUCAGAGGUCACAGUCUGCAGCAUCCAGCUGUGUGUCUGUGAGGAGUGACUGGUCCAAAGGCUUACCUCCAGAAUUCAGUGAUGAACCUGCACCAACAAUAGGUCAGAGGUCACAGUCUGCAGCAUCCAGCUGUGUGUCUGUGAGGAGUGACUGGUCCAAAGGCUUACCUCCAGAAUUCAGUAAUGAACCUGCACCAACAAUAGCUUCUGACCAGUGUGGAGAAAGAUUCAGAACCAGAGCUGGACUGCAGACAGCCAGUCAGAGCAGCUGUGUACAAAAUGUUGGCCUACAGGAGGUUUUAGAUGAACAUAAGAUCAGUCUGAGGAGGAGAUGUGAAUGUGUGACUGAAGGAAGUGAUGAAACAGGAAGUAGAACCCUCCUCAACAGGAUCUACACUGAGCUCUACAUCACAGAGGGACAGAGUGAAGAGGUUCAUACCCAACACGAGGUGAGGCAGCUGGAGACAGCUUCCAAGAUGGACGCCCUCCAUGACACUCCAAUCAGGUGCCAGGACAUCUUUAAAGCCCUACCUGACCAACAGAGACCCAUCAGAGUGGUUCUGACCAAUGGCGUCGCUGGUGUUGGAAAAACCUUCUCAGUGCAGAAGUUCACUCUGGACUGGGCAGAGGGCUUGGAGAACCAACAUGUCACUGUGGUGGUUCUGCUUUCAUUCAGGGAGCUGAACCUGAUCAGAGAUGAGCAGUACAGUCUUCUGGAGCUGCUCCAUGAUUUCCAUCCAACAUUACAGAGCGUCACAGCAGAGAAGCUUGCUGUCUCUCAGCUUUUGUUCAUCUUUGACGGCCUGGAUGAAAGCAGACUUUCAUUGGAUUUCACCAACAGGAAGCUGCUGUCUGAUGUCACACAGAAGUCAUCAGUCAGCCAGCUUCUGACAAACCUCAUCCAGGGGAAUCUGCUUCCCUCGGCUUUCGUCUGGAUAACUUCCCGACCCGCAGCAGCCAAUCAGAUCCCUUCUACAUGUGUUGACAGGCUAACAGAAGUACGAGGCUUCACUGACACCCAGAAGGAGGAGUACUUCAGGAGGAGAUUCAGUGAUGAAGAGCUGUCCAGCAGAAUCAUCUCCCACAUGAAGACAUCCAGGAGCCUCCACAUCAUGUGUAGAAUCCCAGUCUUCUGCUGGAUCACUGCUACAGUUCUGGAGCACAUGUUGACUACAGAGCAGAGAGGAGAGCUGCCCAAGACCCUGACUGACAUGUACUCACACUUCCUGCUGGUUCAGACAAAGAGGAAGAUGAACAAGUACCAUGAGGGACAUAAGACUAGUCCACAGGAGCUGACAAAGGCCGACAGAAAACUUCUUCUGAAGCUGGGGAGGCUGGCGUUUGAACAUCUGGAGAAAGGAAACAUCAUGUUCUACCAAGAAGACUUGGAGCAGUGUGGUCUGGAUGUGACAGAGGCCUCUGUGUACUCAGGAGUUUGUACAGAGAUCUUCAAAAGAGAGUGUGUGAUCUUCCAGAAACCAGUUUACUGCUUUGUUCAUCUGAGCAUUCAGGAGUUUCUGGCUGCAGUCUACAUGUUCCACUGUUUCACCAACAGGAAGUCAGAGGUGCUGAAGAACUUCCUAGAAGAAUACAAAAGCAGGCACUCAAACAGAUCUGUUUUUAAGAACAUAUUCAAGUCUGAUAGCGUCCCAUCACUGGAUGUCUUUUUGACUAAAGUCAUGGAGAAAUCCCUCCAGAGUAAAAAUGGCCACCUGGACCUGUUUGUUCGCUUCCUUCAUGGCCUCUGUCUGGAGUCCAACCAGAGACUCUUAGGAGAUCUGCUGGGUCAGACAGAGAACAGUCCAGAAACCAUCCAAAGAGUCAUCAAGACCCUGAAAGAGAUGAACAGUGAUAAAAUCUCUCCUGACAGAAGCAUCAACAUCUUCCACUGUCUGAUGGAGAUGAACCAUCUCUCAGUACAUCAGGAGAUCCAAGAGUUCCUGAAGUCAGCGAACAGAUCAGAGAAACUCUCUGAGAUCCACUGCUCAGCUCUGGCCUUCAUGCUGCAGAUGUCAGAAGUGGUUCUGGAUGAGUUGGACCUGAAGAAGUACAACACAUCAGAGGAGGGACGACUGAGACUGAUUCCAGCUGUGAGGAACUGCAGAAAGGCUCAACUGGCUCAGUGUCGACUCUCAGGGACUCACUGUGAAGUUGUGGCCUCAGCUCUGAAGUCCAACCCCUCCCAUCUGAAAAAGCUGGACAUGAGUGGAAACAAACUGCAUGAUUCAGCAGUGAAGCUUCUGUGUGCUGGACUGGAGAGUCCAAACUGUCGACUGGAGACUCUGGGGAUAUGCUUGUGAAGGUGGAAUAUGGGGGACAGCGGAAGUGAUGAAUGGAGGACAUGCAUAUUGUAUUGAAGAAAAGAACAAUGAGCAUGCUGUUGCAUUUACCUAUGUCAGACCGUUUGAUAAACAAUAUUCUAAUGAAAGUGAGAACAGGUACAUUGCUCCAUAUUGUUACAUGUUUCAGAAAAUGUUUUGAAAUUGUAGUGCACAGUUCAAAAUAAAUGUUUUUCAAAAAUCAUUGCCUCUUUGUAAUAAAUGUUUAUUUCCAAAGGAAUUUCUAGAAGUUCAGCAGAGUAAAAUUCAAACUUUUUAGAAUUAAUUAGAAGAUAACUCUUAUGUAGUUAAACUAGAAUACUCUGUGAGAGUUGGUAUAUAAACUCUUAACACCUAGUUAGCAUUAAUAAGUGUUAAAUUAUCAACUCCAGACAGAUUUGGUACUUAACACUAAAUCAGAGUUAACGUACCAACUCUCCAAUAAGAGUUAAAUUAACUCUCUCUGGUGUGGACCCAUAUAGACACUUUAAAAGAGUUGAAAUCAAAUCUGACAGUGUUAAUUUGGACAUGCUGGAUUUGCUGUGUAUUUACCUUUUAGUCAUUUGGAUACCUCCCCAUGUCAAUCACUUCUUGACUGUCUUAGCGAUAUUAAAUCAUGGAUGGCAAAUAAUUUUCUGAAUUUUAAUGAUCGCAAAACGGAAGCAAUUUUAUAUGGCCCGCAUCGUUCUACUGAUUCUCCAGAUGUUGAUUUUGGUGAUUUGACCUCCCACUUGAAAAGUUCGAUCACUGAUCUUGGUGUUAAACUUGAUUCCGCGAUUACUUUUGAUGGUCAUGUAAAUGGGGUGGUAAAAUCAGCUUUUUAUUACCUCAGACGCCUAUCAAAAGUUAAGCCUUUCCUUUCCAAACCCAAUUUGGAAACUCUUAUUCAUGCUUGUAUCACCUCACGUCUGGACUAUUGUAAUUCCCUUUUAAUAGGGGUUAGGUAGGGCACUUUGUCACGCCUGCAGUUAGUGCAAAAUGCGGUGGCACGAUUUUUAACCGGUAGUAGGAAAUUCGAUCACAUCACUCCGGUUCUGGCUUCCUUGCAUUGGCUUCCCGUUGAAUUUAGGGUUCGUUUUAAACCCCUUUUAUUCGUUUCUAAAUCUUUAAAUGGUUUGGCUCCUGUCUACUUAUCUGAUUUGCUGAAGCCACAUGUUCCUCCUCGCUCGCUCCGUUCAGCUGAGCAGCUUUUGCUGUCGGUCCCUAAGUCGCGGCUGAAAUGCAGAGGAGAUCGAGCGUUUUCAAUUGCGGCUCUGAUGCUCUGGAAUAACCUUCCCCUCCAUAUUAGACAAGCGUCAUCAGUGCAGGUCUUUAAGUCCAGAUUGAAAACCUAUUUUUAUUCCCUGGCUUUUAACUCUGUAGGAAACUGACACCUUUCUUAUUAAUUUUAUUGUGUUUUUAAUUAUUUUAUUGUAUUUUUAAAGGUAGUUGUUUUGAUCUGUAUUGUUCAGCACUUUAGUCUGCCUGAUGUGUGGUGUGUUCUUAAAGUGCUAUACAAAUAAACGAUGAUGAUGAUGAUGAUGAUGAUUUCUCUGCGAAAACAUUUCCAUUUCUUCCAAUAUUGUUCAUAUUUUUCUGUAGACAAUCUUAAAGAGAAGGCUAGUUGUUCCAUAGUAUGAAUUUCGUGUAUUAUUUCUGUCCGGUCCGAAACAGUUGGUGGUUCCUCAUUCAGCCAUUUGCAUGUUAUAGCUUUCUUGCUGGUCGCCUGUAUUAUCUGUAGCAGGUAUCUAUCCUGUUUCUUCAAUCUCUUUGG